AUGCUACCCUUUGCGCUCAUCGUCUCGCUGCUGGCAAGCGUAUCCCACGCGGCUCAACAGGUGCCCGACUGCCACAGCCCCCUGCAACUAGGGACCGAUCGGUUCGAUCUCUCCACGGUCAGUCCCAUGUCACGCGCUGGCCGAGGCGACACGAUUGACCCCGUUCAUUCGGUCUACAGCUCUCGGGAGAACGGACCUUCGAGAGCUCGGUCCCAACACCCCCUACCACCACAAAGGUUAGCGGCCCCCUCCGUCCACCGCCUCCAUCCGCUUCUCAUCACUAACGCUCAUUCCCACCCGCAGACGACCUACUCGAUCUCCAUCUGCGGUGCUCUACCCCCAUCCAAUCCACCCGCCCAAGAAGGUGAUAGCUGUCCGCCCGACACCUCGAUAUGCACCAUCGCCCGUGCCCUCCGCCCCUCCCACGACGACGUCAUCCUCUCCGUCAUUCCCAUCGCCAAAGCGAACGAACCGCUUGCCUACGAGUUCUUGCAGGGGGAAACGAAUACAGACAAGGGAUGGAUUCUUUUGAUGAGGGGUGGGGAGUAUAAUGGGGUCAAACAGACGGCGAGGUUCGAGAUGCAUUGCGAUCCGGCGGCCAAGGAGGUAAGCGUAAUCUUGGAGGGGGUGAGAAAAAGAGUCGGAAAGCGACCCACGAUCAUCACCACUGACCAAAGUUCAACUCUUGCGGUUAGACCUCGCCCACUUUUGAAGCGUACGAUGCACUGCAAGGACUCUUGUUCCUCAAAUGGACGACCGACGCAGCGUGCUCGACCACACCGGGCGACGGGAAGGAUGCUCCCGGUUCGACCCCACCUCCUGGGUCUGCACCGCCGCCCAAGGAUAGGAUGGGGUGGUUUGGGUGGAUCUUUACAUUGUGUGUUCGGGCUAGUAGCGAGUGAGAGGAAGACUGGCGGGGCCAUGGAAGCUGAGUGAUCGAAUCUGAUCUUUUGCUCGCAGGUUCUUCCUCGGUACGAUGGCCUACUUCGCCCUCGGAACAUGGAACAACUACACCCAAUACGGAGCGACCGGGUGGUGAGUUUGCUCGUUGAGUGAAUUCCCGUUUGUGAAUCAUUUUCGAGUGCACGCGAGCUAAGCUGGGUCGCGCUUGGGUCGUCGCACAGGGACGCGAUCCCUCACCGAGAUGUCUGGCGGGAUUUGCCCUAUGUCGUUGGGGAUUUGUUCAAGGGUGAGUACUCAGCAGCGUGGGAUGUAGAGUCUGAAGAGCUCUUCGCUGACUCUGGGUCAAAUGUCUUUGCCAUGCAGGGCGAGGCUCGACUCGGUCAGGGUAUUCGGCUCUGGGAUGA